CACACACACACACACACACACACACACACACACACAAACUGUAGGUGCCGAGAGGAAGAGAGAGAGGGGACGGACAGAGUCGUGGCGCAGCGUACAAACUCAACGCCGACCAGACCAAAACAAUCCCAUCUCAGGACCUGUGCACACGCGUGUGCAUGACAAAUGUGGGGCCACGCGUCAGAGUGAGGGGCCGCGGUCAAAUACGGUACAUUGAACCAUUGAUAAAUACCGGUUGAUGCUUGCGGAGGAAAGUGCGUCUGUGAGUGUGAGUGAGGGGUGGUGGGCUCGUGUGUCUGUGUGGUUUGGGUGUGUGAGUGUGCAUAUGUGUGAGGGGGGAAAUCCUGUAAGCAGACGGAGGAGGAUCAUAACAACUAUUUGGCGGAUUGUUUUUCUUCAUCUUCAUGACGGCUGUGGACCGUAAUGGACUGGAUCAUCUGACUGUUAAAGUUGACUGAACCUGAAUGAAAGAUUCUUUCAUUAACCCAACAAUGCAUGGACAAGGUGUCUCAUCCUGGUAACCGGUAACCAAAAGUUAUUCGGUUUUUGGGGGGGAGGUUUGGGAGAGAGAGAGCGAGCAAGAGGAAGAGGAGGUGAAGCAUCUCCAUGGUGAAGAUGAGUCUGCAGCCCGUACAGGUGAUGAGCGCAGAGCUCCCGGAGCAGCUCCCACUUAAUUGCUCCUCCAAUGGAGCGCGCAAAGGAUCCUGGGAGGACGUGGACGCGCCGGACAGAGCCGUGCACCAGGGACCUCCCGGGACCCUUGGACCUCAGGCCACCAUGCCCACACAUGUGACGGAUAGACCAGCCCGGAAAGUGGAAGGAGGCAUAUUCUUCCCCAAGCCGGAGAACGCGGUGACGGUGGCCGUCUCCUCGCGGGUCCUGUUCCGCACCGAGCGCGAGCAGCAGGUCUUUGACGAGCAGGGCAUCGAGGAGUACCUGCGCUUCCAGGUGGAGCACGAGAACGAACACUUCCCCACGGGCCCCGCCUUCCCCUUCGUCAAGGCUUUGGAGGCGGUGAACGUGCGCCUGCGGGAGCUGUACCCUCAGAGCGAGGAGCUGUUCGACAUCGUUCUGGUCACGUACAACCACGCCCACGUGGGGGUCCGCCUUAUUAACACCAUCAACCACCACAACCUGUUUAUUGAGAGGUUCUGCAUGACCGGAGGAACCAGUCCUAUUGGCUACCUGAAGGCAUUCCACACCAACCUCUACCUAUCAGCAGACGCUGACAAGGUCAGAGAGGCCCUGGCUGAAGGCAUCGCGGCGGCCACCAUGUUCAUGUCGGAGAAGCUGUCGGCGGUGUCGCAGACGCAGCUGAGGGUGGCCUUCGACGGGGACGCCGUGCUCUUCUCCGAUGAGUCGGAGCGCAUCUUCAAGGCGCACGGCCUCGACAAGUUCUUCGAGCACGAGCGGGAAAACGAGGACAGGCUGCUAGAUCACGGCCCUUUGAAGGGCUUCCUGGAGGCCCUAGGGAAGCUCCAGAAGAAGUUCUACGCCAAGGGCCACCGCAUGGACUGCCCCAUCCGGACCUACCUGGUGACGGCUCGCAGCGCCGCCAGCUCCGGCAUCCGGGCCCUCAAGACCCUGCGGGCCUGGGGCCUGGAGAUCGACGAGGCCCUGUUCCUGGCCGGGGCCCCCAAGGGCCCCAUGCUGGAGAAGAUCCGUCCCCACAUCUACUUCGACGACCAGAUGUUCCACGUGGAGGGUGCGGCGGAGAUGGGCACCAUCGCCGCCCACGUGCCCUACGGCAUCGCACAGAAGUACCCCAGGAAACAGUGAGGCCGUGCUGUUGGGGACACGCUUUUUGGAGGCUGAUGACGCUGUGCACAAACAGCCUGAGUGUGUUCUGAAGGGACACCAGGGAAGAGUAUAAGGGAAGGAGAAUAAAAAAGAAUUAUUUAGACGACAAAAAUACAAAUCAAUGAGAUCUUUGCAUGAAGAUCUCCUCAUGGGCCGUGCUGGUUUGCAUGAAUGCAGUGCGUCGUGUGACCUUGUACUGUUACAGAAGUGUUAUGACACCCUGUCAUUAUCGUAUUUUGAUCUUGAGCUUCCAGCCUCACGCUUUUUGGAUCAAGGCUGAAACCUUUCGAUGGGAUUUCUGCUGACUCGGGCUCAGAACUAAGACUGACCUCCAGGUCGUAUAGGGGUAACCCUUCCUGCCUUGUGAAUGGUGUGGUGCGAUGAGAUGUGGUAGGUUGUCAAUGUUACCUUUAGCACUCUACAUUUCAAGUUUGAAAGAAAAUCACAGAUAUCUUACUUAACACAAGGAAUAGUUAUUUAAAAUUCCUAUUAUUUCUGUUUUCUUCAACUUUUUGUUUCUCCAUAUUAUUAGGAUAUGGGGCAGGAGCCCACUGUAGAAAUGAUUUCAAGUGUAUAAAAAACCUUGUAUGUGUAAAACAUGUCACAUGCAUUAAUACAAUGAUUGUAAAUGUGUUUCAUACUUCUAAUAUAGCCAACUUGUUUCAUCAAGCCUCAAUGAAUGCUGUAGCUCAGAGCAAGAUAUAAAAGCCAUAGGUUUAGAUGCCAGCUAAAUGCCUUAGUUGGAGGCUAUUUCUAUUUGAACUAAAUGAAGAAAAUUGUUAAAAAAAACACAUAAUAAUAAUAAAUACAAAAAGGGUUUAAUAUUUAACAAAAUGCAUUAUAUUGCUGCCGUAUUUUCAAUAAAAGGGUGGCUAUAAAUGCAAUGCUCUA